AUGUUGCAUCUCUCUUCCGUCCUGACCGCGGGUCUCGCCCUCAUCACCGCCGCCUCCGCAGCCUGCGGCGAUGGCUCCCCCCAAGGCGUAGUCUCCGGCUCCGGGACCUUCACCGCCACAGUCAACGGCGCAAACGUCUACACCGGCACGGACUACCGUCUCGCUAUCCAAACGGCCCUUGACCGCAUCAGCAGCGGGCAGCGCGUCACGGUUCGAGCAUCCGGCAGCAUCGGCGCCAACACCAUCAGCAUCACCAGCGGCAAGACGUUUGAGGUCUGCGGUACCAUGAACGUUGGCAACAAAUCUGGUCGUGGUGCUAUUGAGGCUAUUAACCAGAACGAUGUCAAGAUUCCGUACCUUAAGAUGACGGGUAAUCCAUACUUUGGGCUGAGAUUCUCAGGGACGAGAAACUUGGGCUUGGGAGACAUUACGUUGAAUCUUAGCGGUGGGAUUGGUAUUCGCUUUGAUCGCGAUGCGGAAUGGAAUUACGGAGUUUCUAUGGGUAACAUCGUGGUUACUGGUGCUGGUAGCCACGCUGUCGAGACUUUCAAGAUUGACGGUCUUACUAUCACAUCUGUCAAGGCCAAGGAUGUCGGUGAAUGCGGUCUCCUCAUCCAAGAGUCUCGAAACGUCAAGGUCGGUUACGUCGAGGGUAUCAAUGCUGGAGCUGGCACCGGGUAUGCUACCCUUCGCUUCGCCAACAACAAUGGCCAACUCGCCAACGGUCAAUAUACCACCACCAACGUCUUUAUCGACAAGGUCUACUCUCGUGGUGGCGGUCGCGGAAUCUUCUGCGUUUCCAUGUCUGGAGCCACUGAGAUCAAGAACAUUGAUCUCGCUGAUAAUGGAAACAAUGCUAUUCUUAUUGAGAACUGUUAUAACUUUGCUAUUCGAGAUGGCGUCAUCAACAGAGGAGGCGAGGUCCGCGUUGCAGCUCGAAGCGAGUUCCCCAAUAACAGUGGCAUUUACGUCAAGGCUCAGGUGAACAGUAACACUGUUCGGGAGUCGCCUUGUGCCGAGAACAUUUACUGGGGUAUUACUGGUAAUGCCCAGAAGAAUGUUUGCUAA